AAGUGCAACCGCAAAUUGAGUGCCGAAUGUUAAAUUUCUUUCAUUCAAGUUUUUAACAUCGGUCCGCAGUGUCAUCUUCUUCGAAGUUGAUUACCGUUUGUGCUUUCAAUUUUUGUUAUCCAUAGAUUGAUAAAAGAUAUUUCUAAAAUAUUAGUUAAACAACGAAUAAUUUAACUUCAAUAAAAUACUUUAAGUAACACAAAAUGGGAAUAAAAUUCCUCGAAGUAAUAAAACCUUUCUGCAGCAUACUGCCGGAAAUUGCUAAACCUGAACGAAAGAUUCAAUUCAGAGAAAAAGUGCUAUGGACGGCAAUAACAUUAUUUAUUUUCUUAGUAUGCUGCCAAAUCCCAUUAUUUGGCAUUAUGAGCUCAGAUUCUGCAGAUCCCUUCUACUGGAUACGUGUUAUUUUGGCAUCUAAUCGAGGUACCCUUAUGGAAUUGGGUAUUUCUCCAAUUGUUACUUCUGGAUUGAUAAUGCAAUUGUUAGCUGGUGCGAAAAUUAUCGAAGUUGGUGAUUCACCAAAGGACCGUGCUCUAUUCAAUGGAGCGCAAAAACUGUUUGGCAUGGUAAUAACAAUCGGUCAAGCCAUCGUUUAUGUCAUGACUGGCAUGUAUGGUGAUCCUUCGGAAAUAGGUGCUGGUGUCUGCCUUUUGAUCAUCAUUCAAUUAUUUGCUGCUGGCCUAAUUGUUUUACUGCUUGAUGAAUUAUUGCAGAAAGGGUAUGGAUUAGGUUCCGGAAUUUCCCUUUUCAUUGCAACGAAUAUAUGUGAAACUAUCGUGUGGAAAGCGUUCUCACCCACUACAGUGACGACGGGUCGUGGUACUGAAUUUGAAGGUGCAGUGAUAGCACUGUUCCACUUGAUGGCGACUAGAAACGAUAAAGUACGAGCAUUAAGAGAGGCAUUCUAUCGUCAAAAUCUACCAAAUCUUAUGAACCUCUUGGCAACAGUAUUAGUAUUUGCUGUAGUCAUUUACUUCCAAGGUUUCCGUGUUGACGUACCCAUCACAUCCGCUCGUUAUCGUGGACAAUUCAGCAGCUAUCCAAUCAAAUUGUUCUAUACGUCCAACAUUCCAAUUAUUUUGCAAUCAGCUUUGGUAUCUAACUUGUACGUCAUUUCUCAAAUGUUGGCUGUUAAAUUUCAAGGGAACGUAUUCAUUAAUUUACUCGGUGUUUGGGCUGAUGUUGGUGGUGGUGGCCCAGCUCGUUCGUAUCCAAUUGGAGGUCUCUGCUACUAUCUGUCGCCACCGGAAAGCGUUGGCCACAUACUCACAGAUCCUAUACACGCAAUUUUGUACAUUGUGUUUAUGUUAGGAUCAUGUGCAUUCUUCUCUAAAACGUGGAUUGAUGUGUCUGGAAGCUCUGCGAAAGAUGUUGCUAAACAGUUAAGAGAACGACACAUGGUAAUGCGUGGCCAUCGCGAAAAUUCAAUGAUUCAUGAAUUGAAUCGUUAUAUUCCAACUGCCGCAGCAUUUGGUGGCCUUUGUAUAGGAGCCUUAUCUGUGAUGGCUGACUUUUUAGGCGCCAUCGGUUCCGGUACUGGUAUAUUGCUUGCGGUUACAAUUAUUUACCAAUACUUUGAGAUUUUUGUUAAAGAACAGUCUGAGAUGGGAGGCAUGGGUGCGCUACUGUUUUAAGUCUGCAUUCAUUUAGCUUACUCAACACAUUUUCGUUUUGAGUUUUACAUAUAAGUAGAAUGUAAUUGUGUAAUAAGUAAUUUCAAAAAAAACCUACAUGUUUACAAAAAUGUAAUAAAUUUAAAAAAAAAUGUAAGAUUUUAAA